GUCUAGAGUGGAGCUCCAGUCUGCAGUUAGACUACUUUGAGCUGAUUUGAAAGCUGUGUCCUAAGCUCCACCUUCACUAACUAUGAAGUGGCUUUUACACAGCACAGGCAAUGAACUGAAUCACUUUAAUGAUUAAAUUCACCCAGUUCACUGCAGAGAGUCGAGUCAGUGAUUCCCUAGCCAAGCCUAGUCUUCAGUGUCCCAGGCUUCUUGCGUUCAUAAUUUCAUUGCGCUUCCUAUUGCUAGCUGUCUUGGCUGUUCUCUUCUUGCUGACUAACAGCGACAGCAGUUACUAUGACGACCGCCGGGGAGCGCGAAUAUCAGUUUGUCAUAUUUGGGGCUUCGGGGUUUACUGGGCAGUUUGUGGUAGAGGAAGUAUCUCGAGCUGCUGAUGGGGAUGAAUUCAGGGGUCCUGGUCUCCGCUGGGCAGUGGCGGGGAGGAACAAGGAAAAACUGGAGGAAGUGCUGCAGAGAGCCGCAGACAGGCUGGCUAAGCCACAGCUGAAGACCGAGAUUGGCAUUAUAAUCUGUGAUGUAAACGACCCCCCUUCCCUGGCAGAGAUGUGUAAAAAGGCCUCUGUUGUUCUCGAUUGUGUGGGACCAUACAGAUUUUUCGGGGAACCUGUUGUAAAGGCAUGCGUGGAAAAUGGAGCACACUUUAUUGACAUCAGUGGAGAGCCUCAAUUUCUUGAAGGAAUGUAUUUCAAGUAUGACAGUCAAGCUGCGGAAAAGGGGGUAUAUGUUGUCGGCAGCAGUGGUUUUGACUCCAUUCCAGCAGAUUUAGGUGUUUUGUUCACCAGAAACAGCUUAAAAGGUACGUUGACUGCAGUUGAAAGCUUUUUGUCUUUCAAAUCGGGACCAGAGGGAACCUGCAUUCAUGAUGGAACUUGGCAAUCGGCUAUUCAUGGGGUCGCAGAUCAGGGCAAUCUAAGGAAACUUAGAAAGCAGUUCCCACUCAAACCUGUUCCAAUUGUUGGUGCAAAAUUGAAAAGAAGGGGUGCAGUAUUUUACAGCAAUGAACUGAAGGAAUAUGCUAUUCCGUUCCUUGGAGCAGAUGUGGCAGUUGUCAAAAGGACGCAACGAUUCUUGCAUGAGAAUUAUCAAGAAACUCCUGUGCAAUAUUCUGCAUAUGUAGCUGUGGGUGGUAUUGCAUCUGUAAUCAAAUUGAUAUUUGUUGGAAUACUUUUUUUACUUUUCACACAAUUUAACUGUGGACGACAGCUUUUAAUAAAAUAUCCAAAAUUCUUUUCGUUUGGAUUUUUUUCAAAGGAAGGACCAACACAAAAACAGUGUUUUUGUCCACAGAUGGAUGACGCAUCUUUCACAAUGACAUUUUUUGGGCAAGGCUAUAGUGAAGGGCAAGAUCCACAACAAGGCAAACCAAGUGUUAAAAUCUGCACACAAGUUUCAGGACCAGAAGUUGCUUAUGUUGCUACACCCAUUGCAAUGGUGCAGGCUGGAGUUACCAUUAUAAAGGAACCAAAAUCUCUUCCUAAAAGGGGAGGUGUAUUCACUCCAGGGGCAGCCUUCUCCAAGACCAAAAUAAUUGAGCGUCUCAACAAGGCAGGCUUGCAGUUUAAUGUCAUCGCCAAACCCGAAGCCUGAACAAGUGAACGGAAAGCAUGUACAUUUGUGAUUAACAUAAUCAAGAGUGCUUUUGCUACAUAAAAAAUCAUUGCAUCCAGUUUCUUUUUUAUAUGCAGAAUAGAUAAUUAAUACAAUGUUUAUAAAACUUGAAUUUACUGAAGCUUUGAACAUUUGUUUAUCACUAAAUUAAGAGCACGCUGCUGAGGGUACUCUGUCUACUAGCACUUUGUUACCUGCCCUUUGUUUUCAAAAGCACAUUAAAGUAUUUUCUUAAUUA